AUGUCUAUCAAACCAACAAGAGACAGUAAGGCAAGAAUAGGUUCGAAAGACCAUGCCCCGUCUUCAUUAGGGUCACUACUUGAUACAAGUAAGUCUUCGGUCUCCCUCGGUAACCUAGAGAAGCUUGAUCUUGAGCUAUUACAGCUGUACCAGGAGUUAGCACCUACACAAAUAGAAAUCAACUCGAGAACAUACAUAUUUGAAAGAAUUAAGAAGGUGAUAGUCCGUGAAUUUCCAAAUGCCGAUGUUAUGCCCUUUGGAAGUCAUACCACGGGCCUAAUUAUUCCAUCAAGUGAUAUCGAUAUAAACAUUCAACUUGGUACCAAUACCGACAAAGAAUAUUCUAACAAAUACUUAUCAAAGAUAAGAAGCCUUAUGAUGGGUGUAAGCUUUAUCAAGAAAGAAACUUUGUUCCACAUUAAGAAAUGCAAAAUUCCUAUUCUUAAGUUUAGAGAUAGGAUAUUUGGAUUUAGAAUAGACAUUUCUGUGAAUCAACCAAACGGAGUUGAGGCAGCAAAAUUUGUGAGGUAUACGUUGAAGGAGUAUCCUUAUAUGAGAGUAUUUGCAAUUUUGUUAAAGCAUUUUCUUACCAUAAGAAAUCAGUCGGAUGCAGCAACUGGAGGGCUCAAUAGUUACUCCCAGUUCCUUCUUCUUCUAAGCUUCUUUCAGCUGCAUCCGCUUGUUCAGGAGGGCCAAGUUUCCCCUCUUAAGAAUAUCGGUGUCCUUUUCAUGGACUUUUUUCAGUACUAUGGAUGUAGCUUCCCAUACAAGAUUGCAAGGAUUUCUGUGAAUAAGGUAGGGUAUGUGAAGAAUAAUACAAAAACAUUAUCCAUUGAAGACCCGACAGAUCCUGAGUGUGAUGUGGCAGCUGUUUGUAGAAAUUCGCAACUGAUUCUUGAGAUAUUCCGCUAUGCAUAUAGAUCGAUGAAUGCUGCUCUUAAGAUGAAGAUUCCGGCACAGAAGUCCCUAGCCUCUUUGUGGUUCAGGAAGGAAACAGAAAGUAUUAGGCAAAGAGAAGAAAUUGGGAGAAUAUACAGAAAAAAAAUCCUGAAACAUCACAAAAAAUAG